AUGGUUCAAUCAGCUGCUGUUGAAGGUUUGGCCAUAGGUCUUGAAAAAGGUGUCCGUGUCACCAAAAAUGCACGUAAAAUGAGACAAAACCGUAAACGCGGUGCUGCCACCAAAAAAACCAAGGUCGUUCGUGAACUUGUUCGUGAAAUUACAGGAUUUGCACCAUAUGAACGUCGUAUGAUGGAAUUGCUUCGUGUCUCUCGUGAUAAGAAAGCUUUUAAAUUCACAAAGGCCCGUGUUGGAACUCAUCUCCGCGCCAAGAAGAAGCGUGAUGAAAUCCAAAACAUCAUGAACCAAAUGAGAAAACAACACAAAUAA